AAAGUGUUGCUAACGCAACAGCGUAAAAGUGUUCUUUUCUAAAUUUUUCAUGUGCUGUGCGAUGAAACAAAUCCUGUUGUGCAUGCUACAAACAGUUGCAUAUUGCAUUUACAAUCAAAUAUUUUUGCAUUUUGACCUCUAUGCCACAAUGGCAAUUUGCAAUUUCAGUGUAUAAGUGCCGUUUUACUUGUAAUGUUCAAAGAGAAGGUCAGAAAAAUGUACACAGUUCUGUGUAGUAGCAGCAUUGCAUAGAUUGUAGGCAUACCUGCGCUCCCAAGUUGUUUUAAUUCUACGACCCAGCCGUUUAACUGUCAUCCGAUAAACCCAAGCAAACAACAACAGCAGGAGGCAUCAACCGACACUCUGCAACAUUUUGUUGCAGCACGAAAUGCAAUUGUCGCACAUUUGAUUGCCGCAUAUCUCACUUUACACACAAGAACUAAUAAAUGUAUUGUUGAGUCAACGUAGAUCUGCGAAAAUAGGACAGUUGGCCGUGUUUUAAAACAGUGUGUGGUUCGGCGCCACAGCGAGCGAGUGGUUCGGUUAUUUUUUUGUGUGUGGCUUGACAAGUGCAAAAGCAGGAGGAGUAGAAGUCAAUACGCAAUAGGAGGGCAGCGCCCCUAAACUAUAUUAUUUGAAAUCGACAAUAACUAACGGAAGACCAACAGAAGCGGCAGCAUCGUUAACUAGCAGAAGCGGUGGCGUCCGCAAGGCGCUGGCCAGCUGUGAGCUUCCUAGCUAAUACCGUGGGGAAGAGGAAGAGCAGAGCCACCCACCAGCAGCAGAUAAGCCCAACACCGGGCAACAGUUUGUUCGGGAAAUUUUUGAUGGCAUUUGAUUGUUUCGUCACCUGGUCGCCCUGUUAUAUGCCACCCAAAAGAUGAACAAUGAACAAAAGCCAGCAUCACCAGAGACAUCAUCAUCCACAACACAACCAUCCACAACCUCAUUUGCAACCGCUUCUGGUGAGCGAUCUGCAGAGCGCUUGGCUGCAGCCAAUAGUAAGAUACCAUCCAUUAUACUCCAUACGCCCAUUGUAUCAAUUGCGUCUGGGACUAUGAGCAAAAGCACUACCACUACAACAUCGACAAAGACAACUCCGACCGCACAUAGCACGGCAGAGCUGUUAGAAGCAAUGGCAAAUAAUUUGGCAAAACACGACAGCGUGCCGGUGCAACGUGACGAUGGGAGUAUCGGGUUUCGUGGCCAGAAAAAAGCAGCAUCUACAAAUGCGAAAUCCACGUCAAAGUCAGUGACAGAUAGCGAUAAGAGGAAGUCAUACUCCCCCCCAAUCAGUGGCAGCAACAGUACCAUUAACAGUCAUAACAAUCCCAGUGGCAGUGGCAGUGGCAGUGGCUGUGGCAGCGAUGGCUCCACCACUCCCAUACCAUCGUUAUCAGCGUCAACGUCAGCAUCAGCGUCAGAGGUCCUGUCAACUUCCAGUAACAUAACGACUCCUGAAGAUGCAGGGGGCGCCAACUUCGUCUACUCAUUUCUUGACGAUACGUCAAAGCUGGAAGGACCCACACGCAGGCGCCUGCAGUAUGGGGUGGGAGCGAAGGGUAAAACCCAGGAUGAUCAGAAUGUGGGAAAGCGACAGAAAAAGAAAAAGACAAAAUACGAUGCCUGGGAAGAUAGCGACUUCAAUGAUCUCGAUGAUGCGUCACUGAAGAAGCUUCUCGAGGAGGCCUAUUGGUACCGUAAUCCAGGCGACAGGAAAAACAAAAGCGAGCGUUUUCUGCAAAUGCUCAAAAAGGCUGAGUACGACGAAGAGAUCUCUUAUCGUGCCAUUAAAUCCUGCCUCACACUCAACCCAACCACUCUAGCGACGUCAGCGUCCACAUCCGGGGUAGCCGGCAUUAGCAGCAGCAGUAACAACAACACCCACCACACAAACAAUCGAUCCGGGGAGCGUCACAAGCAGGGCGGCUCCUUGCAGGAUCUUGUCGAGGCGGCUCAUCGAAGUGGGGCGGCCACCACAUCUGCAGCGGCGGCAGCAGCAGCAACAGCGGCGGCAGCUACAUCGGCGACAACCCAACGUUUCAACUGUGAUUACCAGCUGAGUGGACGUGCGAACCGUCGCCACCAGCAGCAGCAGCAGCACAACAACAACAACAACAACCACCAAAACGCACCCUCUGCCUCGAAAAAGAUCAAGAACUGGUCGGUGUCGGGACGGCAGCGCGAGGGAGGAAGCCUUCCGAGCAGCGUCAACUUUGAGCCAGCGACAACGUCUAUGGAUGCCAAGCUGAAACAGACUAUGGCCGAGUCAUCCCAGUCCCAGGCUGCAGCUGGCAAGAACAGUGCCGGCAGCUGCAGCAGCCUGCCCAGCCACCUGGGCGAGGCUGAGGCCGGCACCCAGUUCGAUAUGGACGAUGAUGAGACGGGUGGUGGUGCCGCAGGCGCUGGCCCAAUCCAAGAAUACUGCCUGUUGGAGCUUUCGGGGGACAAUCGCGGACCAAGAAAGAAGAAAGCAGGCGGCGCCAAUCAAUCAGCGUCGUAUCUCAGCACAAAGGUGCUCGACAAUUUCAUGCAAAACUACAGCCAGCAGCAGCCCGAGUCGGGGGAUUCGGCCAUUGGAGGCGAGUAUCAAAUCGGAGAAACCCUGCCGUUAUUGGGGCCCGUUGGCAUCAGGUCACUCGGAGUGCCCCACAUGCAUGUACACCAACAGAACAUGCAACUCCAGGCACAGUAUUCGGCUGGUGGACACUUUGAAAGGGGAGUAGACGAUCCCACCCGCAAAGUAGACGCCGGCUAUGUGUCGCUGAGCGACAGCUAUACGGCCUGCUCCUCGGUCUACGCCGAUACGUCAACGGUAUCCCAUUCAAGCCGAGCCGCAUCCUCGGGGGAUGUGUUUGGCAGGAAAAGCGGUCGUGCGGGUCCCGUGGUAACGGGUGCCAAGUCCACAUCGCGUAACCUCGAUGAGAAUGGCAACGCCCUGAGUGAUGGGUACGGCGCCAAUGGCACGCCAAGCAGCAGCAGUAGCAAUGGAAAUGGCAAUGGCAAUGCCAAUGGCAACGGCGGAAGCGGAUCCAAUCAGUUUACGGCCCUGAUCACCACUACGAUGGGUGCAAAUGCACCGCCAUCGUCCACAAGCCGCCAGAACAGCGUGUCCACGCUGCUCACAACCGGAAGCAACACAACAACCACUGCAAUGGCAGCCGCUGCAGUGGCGGCCUCCUUCAAUAGCCAGUUGCAGCAGGUUAACGUGGGGAACGGAUCGGGAGGAAACGGAGCCGCAGCCGGAGUUGGAGUGGGUCCCGGAGUCGGAGUUAGUGCCGGUGCCGGCACUGGGGGACAGCCGACCAAGACCAAGUCAAAGAAGAGGUCGCAGCAGGAGCGCAACACAACCACUGUGGAUGCCGAGUCAGUGGCCGGGUAUCGCGGCAAAGAGUCGGUGGAGCAGCUGGUCAAGUACAUCGAGAACGAUGGCAACAGUGGCGGACAGAAGAAAAAGGAGCGCAAGAAGCAAAACCAGAAGCUUAAGAAGAGCAACUCGCUAGAGGAGCUGCGUAGCUGUUCCAAAAUGGAGGCGGACGACCUCAAGCGCGAGUCGGCCACCACCGAGAUGAUGCCCCAGAAGAAGGACUCCACCAAUGCGAAUGCCAGUGGCAGUGGCAAACACAACUCUGCCUCCGUGGCGGACAUUAGCAAGAACUGCAGCAAGGAGCAGCAGCAGGUCACACCUGUCCAAGUCCAAGUACGUAAGGUCGCUGAAACCGCCGCUCAGCAGCGGAAAGGAGAGCGCCGUUCCUGGGGCACCGAGGAGCUGCAGUAUCUGGGGGAUCAGGAAUAUCGCAAGCCAGGCUUGGGUAAGGCUGCGGCCCGCUCUGAGCCCGAUAUCGAGGCGGAACCGAUGCCGCUCUCCCUGCCGGCCCUCUCUUGUAUGUCCGAAUUGGAUGCCCUGAACACCGUCCUCUCCGAGACAGCCGAAUUCCAUGUGGUGACAAAGAAGAAGAAACCAAAGAAGCAGCGAGCCGUCACCAUGGACGAUGCGGCCGUUGCAGCCGCUGCCCACGCGGGAGGCAAUCUGCAGCGCAUGCAGCAGAUCACAAAAUCUGCCUCCUCCAACAUGAUGUCCCAGCGCACGCACUACUACACGGCGUACACCAACAGCGGCACGGGCUCCGGCUCUGGCUCCGGCUCCAGCAACCAUCAUGGCCAGUAUCCGAGCAAGUCGGCACAGCAGCAGCAGCCGCAGUACCAGGAUGCGCAGCCGCAGCAUCACCAUCACCACCAUCAUCAUUACCAUCAUCAUCAUCAUCAUGGUGGGUCGGGUUCGGUCAAAAAGGACAGCUCGCGACGCAAGUCCACAUCCUCGAUGCCGCCCUCGGAGAAAUCUGAUUCCAGUGAUCUCGACUCAGUCCACUCGCUGCCGAUCCAGACGGUCAAGAAGAAGAGUCUCGGCUUCAGCAGCGGCGGCGGCGGCGGCGCCGGCACCACCAACAACAAGGAGCGGGCAGCGCAGGCCGCCACCCAACGUCAGGUUAAGAAAAAGACCCUGGCACCAGCUCCAAUUUCCUAUGCGGACAUAGCCCGCAACAAGCGGGAGGCCCUGAAGAAUGCCAGUGGCACUGGCAGUGCAAAUGCCAGCGACCCAGAGCCGUCCGAAUCAGCUGCGGGAGCUGGUGGGGCUGAUAAGCCCGCCGGCGGCAAGGGCAGCAAGUCUAAGGUCAAACCCGAUUUCCCAGAGCUGCCAGUAGCUCUAUCCAUACCGGUAGCCAUCAGCACCGCCACCAGCACUAGCAGUAACACUGCCACCAAUCAGGUGGCCAGUUCUAGCAACAACUCGUCGUCGGCGGGAUCGAUCAGUUACUCGAAGAGCCUGAAUGCGACACCUGCCAGCAGCACCAGCGACGUUGAUGCCUCGCCAGAGCUCACCCCCACUUGCACGACUGCCCCCAGCAGCAGCCUGUCCUCGUCACAGCCGGCGCUGCAAAAGUCCAAGAGUGUGGAGCACGAUGCCACUUAUACGUUCAACAGCAGCAACCUCGAUCAGCAGUACCCAGCCCUUGAGAAGACUGUCAAGAGGCAUAGCACAACCAAUGUGUCCCUGACAGCCGGCGUCUAUCCAACUUCUAGUUCAGGUUCGUCCGCGGGGACGGGCUCGUCAUCAAUUUUCAACUUUGCUGCCGCAACCAAGUUACAGAUGGUGGACAAAUCCACGGGAACCACAUCAUUACCAACUACCUCAGCCAAGUCCAAGACAAAGUCAAAGGACCUGUCAUACAGCAGCGCAAGCAGCACCACCAGCAGCAGCUCUGGCAGUACCAGCAGCAAGAAGUCCAUGAAGCUUGGUAACGAAGAGGCGGCGACUGCUCCAGUGUCCAUGCCAGUUGCCCAGAAGUCGACGACGGCCACCCAGACCGAGGGGACCAAGAAGAUGGGCCACAAGAUGUCCCACACCAGCAGCAAGCUGACACCUGAGCUUAUCGCUGGUCGGCCGGCGGUGAUAAUACUCAACGAUGAUCGCGACUCGGAAGAGGAGGGACUCAACAACGAGUUCAUCUUUGGGGAUUUCAACGAGGAUGAGCUGAAGCUCUUCGACGACAAGAAAGACGAGAAGGAAAAUGAAAAAGAGAAAGAGAAAGAAAAGGAGAAGGAGAAGAGUGAGAAGGUGAAACCACCAGAGUCGCAGCCGAAAGCACAGGCAGAGCCAACAAAGCCACAGGCAGAGCCACAGCCAGGGCCCAUGCCGCAGGCAGAGCCACAGGCAAAGCCAUUAGCCACACAGAUGGACAAGCCAGAGCCCAUGGAUGAGAAUUUGGAUGAGGAGGAGGAUGAUAAUCAGAUUCCAGAAGCAGAACCAGAACAAAUCGGGGAGGACAAAACUGAGAAGAAGGAGACAGAAAACGCCACAGCCACUCAGUCGGAUGUUAGCUCCAGUAGCUACCAGCAGCUGAUACUGAAUGAUUCGGGCGCUGCCUCUGAUGUGGUCAACAGCUCGGCCAGUUUGGACAUGCUAUCGAUCUCAGGCGAGGCCGUGCAGUCGUCGUCGCCAAACUCAGCGGCCAUUUCCACAAACUCGGGCUCAUCCAGCAUCAUCAACUCGUCGACAUCCUCAACACCUUCGUCCGAGUCGGCGCCAAAUUCCAACUCGUCGUCAUCCGUUUCGAUAUCCUCCUCAUCUGGAGGCAAUGGUCCGAUGGGCUUGCGCUCGGGAUCGGGAUCCGGUGCGGCCCAUGUGGCGAACCAGUCCAGCGAUAGUGGUUUCUAUGGUGCCGCCAACACGUCCGUGAAGGACCACAUCAACCAGUUCCUUAGCCGGGCCAGCAGCAGUAGUGAGGAGCCGCUGCCGAAUGUCCCCAUCUCCAUGCAACAGUUGGAGACCUGCAAUGACAUUGAGGCGGCCAUCAUAGCCGCUGCCCGGGCCGCGGCCGCAGCACGCAGUAACAGCUGCAGUCGCAGAAAUUCCCAGGAACUGGAGUCCUCGCAGUCCCUGUCCAAGUCCAAGCAGCAGCAGCAUCAGAGCCCAGUUGCCAAAUCGAAGAUUGCGCCCGUCUAUACGACCUACAAUGUUGGCGUACAGGACUACGACGAGGACCUAGAAGAUCUGAGCUUCCUGGCCGACCUCAGAGAUGCGGACGUAGACGUGGAGGAGGAGGCAGAAGUGAAAGCGGAGGCUGAUGCCGAGGCUGUUGCAUCGUCAUCCUGCACGGAUCCAAUCGUAGACUACAUUUCAAGCACUUGGCACGCCAUUUCCACCAGCAAGCAUGUAUUGUUCUACCAAGAGCCCGAACAGGAGAUCUAGGAGGAGCCGGUCGAAGCAGAUACCGCAGCCGCCACAUCAGGCGGCAAUCAGCGAGGGGAUCAGAACUACAAAAACGAAAAGGAGGAUUAGUUUGUAUUGCAUGUCUGUUAAAGUUGCAUUUUUGUUUGCUUCGUGCUGGGCCAUCGAUUGUACACAGAUACACACACAGGAUACACACGGAUAUGCUAUAACCAAACGCUUUUGUGCUAAUUAAUGUAACAAACUAUUGAUUAACUAUCGAUUAGAAUUUAAAACCGCGAGCGGCAAAACUAAAACCACCAUGAGUGUCAAAUAAAACCAUGAAAAACUAGGAAAAAAUCAUUCGAAUGGAACCAGAACAUAACAUAGGACAUAGCUGAUAGGACCGUGUCUCUUCCAUUAGCAAAGCCAGGUAGGAGAGUCAAGAGGGCAAGGCAAGGCAAAGCCAAAAAGAACAAUAUCAAGAAGAUCGAGUGAAAACAGAUCCCGGCAAAGACAAAGAAAAAGAAUAAGAAUAACAAGGCAGAAGAUUAUAAUCAAUGAUGGAAAAGUUAUCGGGGGCGACACACAAGACGUUAGAUCAUGAUAAAUAUGAAGACGAGACGAGGACAAAGAUGAUUUUGUUGGACGAUUUGGUUAGACAAAAAAUAAGAUGUAGAAGAACGAACUCUCAAUCCAUUAGUACCGCUGUGAAUAGAACAAACAAAAACAAGGGAAGAAAAUCCCCAUAAGAAAUCCUUGAUCCCUACAAUAGGCCAAGUCGGUGACGUAAAAUAUGAAUAUUUAUUAAACACUUAGUUUGGACCGGUUAUUCGGAGUACGAUUCAGAUAGCAGGCGAUGUUCAGUCAGCAUUUGGAACUGCUUUUGUUAAUUUACAAGUUUCUGGCUCCUUAAAACGCUACGUUUUACUAUUACUAUUACACUUACGAGCUCUAAUUUUAACUACUAUUACUACUAUUACGAAAGCAACCAUUCUUUUUUUUGUAUUUUUUAAUGCCUUUGUGUUUCUCCGCUUUAAUGCGCGCGCCUGUAGCUUGUACGAGUAUAUUUUAUCACAACUUCGAGUAAGAUUGAGCAAACUAGUUUAGUUAUAGUCAGAGUCAGCCCACAGGGAAGUGAGGGGAGGUAGAGGAACGGAACCGAUUGAACACUAGCAUAUAGUCUCGUGUACAUAGGAUGCAAAAACCACAGCAUAACGAAAACAAAAUAACAAAACCCAGCUAAGAACUUGAAUAGUUUUGCGUUUAAUUGUUAAAAAAAGAAGCCGCAAAAGAAAAAGAAAAAACCGAAAACGAGAAAGCACACAACAAAUGAUAUGAUAUGUGUGCAUGAAUAAUUAUUAUCUAGAGUUAAGAUCUAUACGGCUAGCCAUAAAGAAGCCGCAUGAGGGGAUGAAAUGAAAAUGUAUGUAUGUUAAAACCACAAAACACACACAAAACAAACAAACAACAACAAAAAAAAAAAAACUAUCAAGCACCUACGAAAAAUGCCGCCGUUUAGCAGCGAGAGAGAGCCUCAGCAGGCCUUUCCGAGAGUAAAAAAAAAACAGGAAACAGUUCCAAUAAACCAGAAACCGGACGAAAACCGUAUAAAAACCACAAAAUGAGUCAAAAAACAAAAAUUAAAUGGAGAAAAUUAAUAUAAAAAAAAAUCCGUAGAAUUAAAAACGCACCUACAUAGGAAUAUUCAUUAUAUACACCCACACACACACACAAACACACAUAUAUAUAUACAUGAUACAUGAUACAUAGACAUAUGAUGAACAGAUUUUUUUUGAGAAUGCCAGUCGUUAAUUAUUUAAAUUCGACUAAGAUAUUUAAGACAUAACUUUAAACAAAACAAAGAAAAAAGUGUCUAAAGCAAAACAAAAAAAAUUCAAAAUUAUUAAAAACGCGUAACUAUUUAAAGUUAAUCAAAAAAAGACCCACACACACACAUUUGAAAGGCAAAAAAAUAAGAUAAAGCGAAGAAAUUUUGAAACAUUGGAAAAGUGGUGCUGUAUUACGGAAAAGAGAGAGAUGGAGAGAAGAGUGCGAGGGAAACAGGCAGACAGCGCUUUACGCUUAGUCAGCAAUAGCUGUCUCUCUCUCUCUCUCUCUGGAUACUUCCCUUCCAUCCAUCUAGAGAAAAAGAAACGAGAAGGAACGUUUAUAAAAGAAAAUGUAAUUUUAAUCAAGUUGCAGGGAGGAUUACCCGUUAUAUACUGAAGAGUAUGAAUAUGUAAUCCACGAAUAAGGACAAUUCUACAAAACAAAUGAUAUGCAACCACUAAGUCAAACUAAGCCAAUGUACACUGCAUCAAUUUUUAGAAAAAAUUAUAACUAUUUAGCGACAAAAGAGCCAGAAAAACCCACAAAAAUAACUAAAAAAAAAAGAGAAACAAAAACAAAUUGAAAUUAUACGAAAGAUAAUGCAAAUUAACUCUGAAAUAUAAAUUAUAUUAUAUAUAUAAAUAUACGUAUACAUAUUACACGUUAACAUGGACACAGACCUCUCAAAGAUACACUGCAUCAUUCGUUUUUAUAAUCUGCAUAGAACAUCAAUAAAUUACAAAUUUAGCACAUCUUAGAGGAGUGUAUAUGUGUGUAUUAACGUUGAACAGUGAAGUGUAGUACUGCAGCAACACCCCUGUUGGCCUGUGUUAUAUAUAUUUAUAUAUAUAAAUUAUAAACAAACAUUCAAAUCAACGUUUCUUAUGUGUGUGUAUUUAUGUAACAUGUAGUUGCGUGUAUGUGUAUAUAAUAUAGUAAAAAUGUUAGCCCUCCACCAUCUAACAUACGAAAAAAAGAAGAAAAAAACAGGGAGAGGAGAUUCCCCUUGGCAGUGAUUCGCCUCUCAGUGCCCUCCCCCAUCCCAUCCAAAAAGCCGAUGGCGCUUUGUAAUUACUUAUUUAUUUUCUAUAUUUGACCCCAAAUUCGUGUACGGUUUGUGGCUGCGCAAGAGCUUUUCGGAGUCUGGAAGCCAACAGACCCAGGAACUAAAAUUUCUUCAUUUCGCUAUUUAAUGAGCGUAGUUAGCAUAUUUAUCCAGUUGACACGAUAAAGUCGGCCCCAGAAAUGAAUCGUACAUCCCUUGUAGUUGGGCACAAUGGUUCCACUACUCGAUGUGUGGUUAUCAUACGCAAGAUGCAUGUUUGCUUUAUAAAACUACAACAUUCUGUUCUGAAUAUUAAACAGAAAGAUGGGUAUUUGGAUACUAUUUACACAAACAAAUUAUUUGAAACAAUUUUAACAUUUUUUUGUACAUACAAAUUGCAACUUAAGACCCGUUUGUAAAGUUCGAUGUAAAAUCAGAACAAAAUGAUCUGCGUAGAAAAUUAAGCAAAGCCCGAAUUCCUGUUACACUGUCUUUACCAUACGAAUCAUGUCCGUAUAAAUUUUUAUUCAUCUCUCUCAACUACAUUUUUGUACAUACAUAUAUACUUAAGGGAGUGUAUUUUGCGUAGGAUAACAAAAAGUAUAGUGAUUGAAACGUAGACCCAGCCCUCAAGGUAAAUGCACGGCAAUUUUUGGGGUCGGUUGGCAUGUGUUUCGUAGAGUUCGAAUUGCAUAAUUUCCGUAUUGUUUGCACUUGUUGAUUUGCCGAUAAGCAGCAGUAACAAUAAAAAAAUGGAGAGCAAAAUAAAUGAGAAACUAUAACCAUAAACAUAUGACUAAGUCUAUUGCAUAGCUAAACAAAGAAUUCUAUAAACACCUAGUUGAUAGUUGUAGUACCCAUACCCAUACCCAUUACCCAUACGAAUAGAUGGAUCGUAUGUACCCCCCUAGAAAGAUGAUGCCGUGAUGAUAACGACAACGUCUACAAGCGUGUCAAUGGGCAUUGGCCUGGCAUUGAAACUAACUCUAAAUUUAUACAAACGUAUACAUACUUCUAUAUAAACAUACAAAGAAACAUAUGUACUCAACUACUUCUACUGAGAAAGCCGACUAAAACUACAAAUACUAAUUCCCAGGCAUGCCCGACCCCCCAUCUUCCCAUCCCAAAGCUCGGCGAAGAGCCGCAGUCCCCCAACCAACUAUACUUAACUUAUACAUACCAAUAUUUGUACAUGCAAGAGAAAAAGAAGAGUAAAAAUGAAAAGAAAAAAUAA